GUCACCUAUCGCUCACCUGCUCCCGCGUUGCCUCCUCAACCACUGAGGAAACCGGCAAACAAACUUCUACGCUUUGUGUUGGACGGUUUAGUAUACAGUCUUGGAUUUCUAAACGGUUCUACUUUAAACAAGCGGCCACAAAUAUCGACAGUCGGGCUGAUGGCAGGUUGAUGCUUCAGGCGCUGUCUCGCCCACGUUUGUCACCUUGAGCAUCCCGUCCGGAAAACAGCACUGUGGAUGUCUUAAAUCAUGAGUGCCCCGGGACCUCGUUCGAGGCAAGCCAAUGGAGUGGCCAGAUCGGACAGCAAGAUCAGUGCCAAGGCCCUCUAUGAACAGAGGAAAAAAUACUCCAACUCCAAUUAUAUCAUGCAUGAGACGUCGCAGUAUCAUGUCGAGCAUCUCUCCACAUUCAUUAUGGACAAGACAGAGUCCAUCGUCACAGUGGAUGAUGCCAUCAAGAAACUGGUCCUUCUGGACUCAAAAGACAAAAUCUGGACCCAGGAGAUGCUCCUGCAGGUCACCGACAAGGCGGUGAGGCUGCUGGACUGCGACACACAGGAAGAGUUGGAGAACUUCCCCCUCCCCACCAUCCACAUGUGUCAGACAGUCCUGAAUCAGACUCGUUACCCCUCCGUGCUGCUGCUGGUGUGUCAGGACAAGGAGCAGCACAAACCUGACAUCCACUUCUUCCACUGUGAUGAAGUGGAGGCUGAGAUGGUUCAUGCAGAUAUUGACAGUGCCAUUGGAGACAACAAGCACGGAAAGAAAAUGAGGCUUCAGACUCUGAAGGUGAACCAGGAGAAAAUGAAGCGUCACAGAGAAACCAUCCUUCCCCCCUCGGCCCCGAAGGGACCCCCACCUGCUGCGAAGGGACGAGUGGCAGCCAUGAACACACAGGAUCGACGAGCCUUGGCACAAAAUGACACAGAGUCACAUGAAAAGCUGGCCCAGCGCAUUGAGAAGGAUGUGCAAAUACUCAACUGUGCCCUGGAUGACAUAGAGAUCUUUGUGGCGCGGCUGCAAAAGGCGGCAGAGGCCUUUUCUCAGCUCAACCACCGCAACAAGAGUAAGAAGAAUAAGAAGAAAGGACCAGCAGAGGGCAUGCUGACCCUGCGAGCCAAGCCCCCCACUGAAGCAGAGUUCAUUGAUAGUCUGCAGAAACUGAAGCUGGCCCUCAACCUCUUGGCCAAACUGAAGAAGCACAUACAGAAUCCCAGCGCGUCGGAGCUGAUUCAUUUCCUCUUCGGCCCUCUGGAGCUGGUGCUGCAGAGCUGUGGGAGUCCUGAACUGGUGCGUACAGUAAUCUCCCCCCACCUUUCCAAAGACACUGUUGACUUCCUGCGAGGACACCUCAGCCCCAAAGAGAUGACCAUCUUUGAGCUGCUGGGUGACGGAUGGACCAAACCCAGAGCGGAGUGGCCCAGGGAUCAGUGCGCUCCUCUUUAUCUCCCAAAGUUUCGUAAUGGCUGGGAGCCACCAGCAGAGAUCUUCAGGGCGGCCUCAUGGGAAACAGAAGGGCCCAUGGGGCCAUUAGGGUCUCCCACCAGCCCCGAUUACAGAAAACACUCAGCUGAGGAUUAUUACGGAACACACUCCUCAAACUCAUCGAAUGGGUCUUAUAAUGGGACUACCCUCACCCGCAAAUAUGCCAAAAUUCGCUACCACUUUGUAGCACGGAAUGCCAACGAGCUGUCAGUGCUGCAGGACGAAAUCCUCGAGGUGAUAGAGGAUGACAAACAGUGGUGGAAACUACGGAAUCGCAGCGGUCAGGCCGGCUACGUCCCGUUUAACAUCCUGGAUGUUGUGAAAAUAGAGGAGCCAGAAGCCAUCUAUAACCAGCAAGGCUACAGGACGUCCCCUCCUGGCACCCUGAGCCAUGGAGACAGCUUCAACAAGGGCAGACCCAAAGACAAAAUGAUGGAUGAGGUCAACAAUGAGUUGUUAAUUAAGAUCACUGCUAACAAGAGCCAGCCGCCCACCAGGAAGUACCGCGUGGAGCGAUCACCCAGCAGCCAAGUACCGCUCACCUAUGACUCAAAUCCAGAGCAGGUGACCGCAUGGCUCAGCUCGAAAGGUUUUUCAAAGCCGACUGUUGAAUGUUUGGGGAUCCUGACCGGAGCUCAGCUGUUUUCCCUCAAUAAAGACGAACUGAAGGCGGUGUGCGGAGACGAAGGCAGCCGUGUCUCCUCUCAGGUCAUGGUGCAGAAAGCAGAGCUGGAGAAGACCAGGGGAGACUCAGAGCUGCAGGAGGUCAUGAAGCAGCGGCAGAGGAGGAUCGACUCCGGCAGCAAAGACUGAACCUGCCGACCGACACGACCCAUCCAGGCGCUUUCACUCUGUGACUGCAGCAGCUUCUACUGUUAGUUUUGACCUACAGUAAAACAUACUUAAAUGUUGUAUGCAUUUUUAAUUGUAUAUUUAUUUUGUAUCACCCAAUGUGUAUGUAUUCCAGUGUUUUCGUAUCUAAUUAUGUUGCUUUUGUUUUCAGUAAAUUUUGUUGUCGUACCCGUAUGAACAGAGGAACAUAUAAAUAUAUGUACAGUUUUGUGUGUGUGUGUGCGUGUGUGAGUGUGUGUGGGAGCACAACAUGCAUGUAACGUACAUACAGUAUUUGUACGAGCAGUGUGGUCAGUGUUUUAAUGCGCAUUGUCAAUAUUGCAGCUGUUUACUGAAUGGCUAAAAUAGAUCGUAGCUGUCGCAUAUCUAAAUCUGUGCCAGAAUGUUUGACACAUUUUCUGAUAUAUAGCCAAUUAUUUUCAUAUUACUGUUUACAGUUAUAAUAAAUAAUUCAUCAUGCUCUGUGUACAUCAAAGCAGCCUCGUCAUCCUGGUCGGUGGCUGCAGAUCAGCAUUAGGUAUUAUUUUAAAUACUGUGGCAAGAGAAACUGUCAAUAAUCCUGCAUGAAGUAAUUGUCAGUGAGAUGCUGUCAUCAAUGUGUUUUUAUGCAGCAUGACAUUUUGCAGAGUAAACUGCAGACACACAGGAAUAAUAAGGAAUAUGUCAGAGUAUGUUAUGAUAUGAAUAUUAGAUUUAGAUGACAUUCAAGAGGGUUGUAAAUAUUAUGGGACACUGUUUAAAAAUAUA